CACAGCCCGGCUGCAAAACAAUUGACUCGCUGUCAGAGCAAUUAUCAUGCUGACUGUAGGUCAGGGCGGUCAGGUGCUGCAAAUCUAUUUAAAAAGAAACAAAAAAAAAAAAACACAAAAACAAAAAUAAACAAAGUUAUUAACACAAUAUCGAUGCAGAGAGGAAAACUGUUGGGGCGCAUUAAUCCACAUAUUAAAUGUUCAUUAAGCCCCCCAAAAUGAACUUUGAUUCUUAACGCAUUAAAAGAGAUUAUGGUGACGUUUAUUUUAAAUUAGCCGCGGCCUAUAUAAGCGGAAAGCAUUUGCAUUUUCCGUUUUAGUUUGGCAAAAUGUUUGCCCGACUUUUAGUUCUCAUCAUAUUACUCCCUCUGCAAAUUGGCUUGGCAAAGAAUAACUAUGACAUCGUUAUCAAGUCCCUGGAAUGUAAGGUGAUAGCAGAGAAAUAUGUCAACGAAUUGCAAUGCCAACUUGUGCGUCAAAGGAUUCCCGUGGUAAUGGCCAGAUUUAGUGUGAAUCAAACUAUCGAGCACUUUGACAUCCAUUCCAAGUUUGAUUUGCUGAAGAAGGAUAAGAGCCGCAUGACUGUGGCAGAUCUCAAGAUGGAUGGCUGCAAAUACUUGGGCUCCAUGUACCAAAACAAUAUUAUCGGAAAACUGUUUAAGAGACUAAGAUCUGUCAGUAAUCUGCCAGCUGGCUGUCCUAUUUUAGGGGGAAAACUGUACGAGAUCCGCAACUAUACAUUCAAUUCGGACGAAUUCCCGCCAGGAGCUCCGCAGGCCAAAUGGCAAAUACGAGUCAAAUUACUGAAGCGAUCCGAACUGGUUGCGGACAUAUCAUUUGAGGGCUCUGUGGUCUAUAAUACGUGAUGUUAAUGCAUAAUGGAUGCGACUAAAUACAGGAUGCUCCUCCAUAACCAUAACCCGCUAGCUGGUGCCUUCUCUAUCGUUCUUUUUUUAAGCGUGCAAAAUAUACACUUGAAAGAAUUCCCCCAAAAUUGUAUUUAUUUUAGAUAUAUCUGAAUAACAUGUCAAAAGAAAUGUAUAGAUUUAUCACAGCCCCCACGCAUUUGUAGAUAAUAAAUUUGUAGAUAUUUUUCUCUAAGUGUAUUUAG